CCUCCACACAAUAAGUUACAUGGAGUGACCGACUUUUUCACUCGCAAGCGAGACGUUCCGCGUGUUUAUUGUCACCUUGUUUAAUAAAAACUUUGCAUUUGGUUAAAUUUUGGGAUACUUAUUUUGCAAAAAUACUACCACUAAAAAGGAGUUGGAGUACAUGUUAGAUGCAGUAAAAAUGAAGAGGGAUGAUACCGAGUCUUCUAAAAGUCACUCGUCCGACGAUUCCAUCGUCAAAGAGAAGAAGAAAAUCAAAGAUCGGGAAGGAUGGAAGGGCCGGAUGGACUUCAUUAUGUCGUGUAUUGGGUACGCUGUAGGACUGGGCAAUAUCUGGAGGUUUCCCUAUCUGUGCUACAAAAGCGGUGGAGGUGCUUUCUUCAUUCCCUAUGUGAUAUUUCUGAUCCUUUGUGGGGUUCCCCUGUUCUUUCUGGAGGCGUCAUACGGCCAGUUUUCCAGUCUCAGCCCGAUCUCAGUGUGGAGAAUGUGUCCAUUGUUUAAAGGAGUUGGAGUGGGGAUGGUGAUGGUGUCCGCCAUUGUGUGUGUGUACUAUAAUGUGAUAGUGGCGUGGACGCUAUACUUUCUCUACAUGUCGUUCCGUGCAGUGCUUCCCUGGAGCACGUGCGACAACGAGUGGAACACAGAGAAUUGUGUAGUUGGAAUCGGACAUACUUUUAACCGUAACCAGGAUAAUGCGUCUCUAGGGAACUUGACCUACAGUUCCUUAACGAAUUCGACUACCGUUUUCAACUCUACAGUGACCCCUAUAAUAGCCAAUGCAACAGCUGCCGUAACAGCUGCCGUCAGCAAAAAGAUGUCGGCAAGCGAGGAGUUUUGGACACGACACGUUUUAGAAAUCACAGAGGGGAUCAACAAUCCUGGAACCAUACGUUGGCAGUUGCUUAUCUGUUUGAUGUUGGCCUGGCUCUUUGUGUUUCUGUGUUUAUUUAAGGGAGUUAAAGUUUUAGGAAAGGUCAUGCACUUUGCUGCCCCCUUUCCCUAUCUAGUCUUGCUUGUCUUAUUGAUCAGAGGGGUCACCCUACCAGGUGCAAUGAACGGCAUUAAAUUCUACAUUGUUCCUAAGUGGGAGAAAUUGACGGAUUACCAGGUGUGGGGGGAUGCGGCACUACAGAUCUUCUACUCCGUGGGUAUGGCUUGGGGAGGUAUUAUAACCAUGUCCAGUUAUAACCGCUUCAGCAACAACAUCUACAGGGAUGCUAUGCUCGUGCCCAUUAUAAACUGCAGUACCAGCAUAUUUGCCGGGUUCGUCAUCUUUGCCAUUUUGGGGUUCAUGGCGGAGUCAGCUAAUACGUCGGUGGAUAAAGUUGUUAGUCAGGGACCAGGGUUGACGUUCGUGGCGUAUCCAGAGGCGGUGGCCAAUCUCCCUAUUUCUCCUAUGUGGGCGGUAUUGUUUUUCCUGAUGUUGUUUACCAUCGGUCUGGACAGCCAGUUUGGUAUGGUUGAGACCUGCAUAUCAGCAUUUCUGGACGAAUAUCCAAAGUUACUCCGGAACAAAAGAACGCAGAUUUCAGUUAUAGUCUGUUUGCUUGAGUUCUUGAUGGGCCUUCCCUGCAUCACUCAGGGUGGAAUCUACAUUCUUCAGAUAAUGGAUUGGUACUGUGCUAGCUUCUCCUUAAUGCUGAUUUCUUUGACGGAAUGCUUGGCUAUAGCAUGGAUAUAUGGCACGGAUCGAUUUUACAAAGACAUUGAAUUAAUGCUGGGACAUAAACCUCAUGCGAUUUGGCACAUCAUGUGGCGAUAUGUUACACCAACCAUUAUCUUGGGCAUCUGGUUAUUCAGUGUGAUCACCUUGGGGCCUGUUAAAUACGAUGGAAAGGACUAUCCAACGUGGGCUGUGGGUUUUGGGUGGUGUCUAGGGGUGGCAUCAAUGAUUCCCAUUCCAAUAAUUGCCAUUAAAUCACUGUUGCUUUCCAAAGGAACAUUUAGAGAGAGAUGGACUAAAUUAACCACCCCAUUGAGUAGCUGGGGACCAAGUCAGCCGGAAGACCGGGAACGGUACCAUGCAUCGUUAUCUUACUCGAACGGCGGGGAACUUAUGACAGGAUCUUAUUCAAUGAGUCAUCAAGCCAAUAUUGAAGAUGAUAUUGCAAAAUCAUUCCUGUCAACGUGAAUGAUCAGAGCCAUCGCUGGUGAAAGUUUCAUAUUCAGUGUUUUUUUGCGAAGUAAAAUGGUAGGCUCGAGGAAGAGUUUUUUAUGCUCAUUACCAACAGUGUUAUAGGAGUAUUCAAGUUUCACCCCAUCUGUCUGUCCAUCUGUCUUCCUGAUGAGAAAGAUACAGUAUGGUAGAAAUUGUAAGUACUUCCCAUUAUUCUGGGAUCAAAUUUGAAAACUGUGAUAUUAACCUCACAGUUAAUUGUAAGUUUGAGAAUCUCUGCUGGAUUAAAGCCCACAAACAUAAUUCAGGACUUCGUAUGGACAGUUUAUACUGACAUAACCAGACAGUGGUUAAUUAUACAUACAAAUAACCCGAAGGAUAUCAGAAAAAUACAGAUUAUAUGCAUCCAGCGUGGGGAGCAGUCUUCAUGGAAAGUCACAGUGUGAUGCAUGUUUUGCACUAGCUACAUUUAAUCUGACUUUUAACUGUAGGUCUGUCUGAAUAUACUUCAUCCACUAGCAUUGGAUGUCCCUACUUUAUUUUAAUUUGAGGAGGUCUAUGGUCCUUAUCAUGUGUACUAGCCAUACUCCCCUGCAUGAAACGUUGUUUCAGGGUAUUUACUGCAUCAGGACAGUAGUAAUUUCUCUGUAGAAACAUGCUAUGCUGUGUCUUUUAUUUAAGCUGUAACGAUGUUGUGGAGGUACAUGUAGACAUUUUUGUAGGUUUAGUUGUGUUGUUGUGGUUGGACAUGUUAGCUCACCUGAGCUACAAGCCUAUUUUUUAUUCUCUUUCGUUCGUUGACUAUAACAUUUAAAUUGUGUUUAGAAAAAGCCAAAAUUCAUAACCAGUUACCAAGGAAAUAUGAUUCGUAAUUCUCUUUCAUCUAACGUGGGUUUCCUUUAAUGAUUUUGAUAUUUUAGUUCUAAUUUGUGUUGAUUUAGCUAUAUAUCUAGUCCAUUUGUUUACAACUAAUUUUUACGAUAAUAUUAGCAAAUUACAAUUUUUUAUAUUUUUAGAAUAAGGUAUUUUUAUUUGUAUUGAAGUAUACAUUUAACAUUGUCAAUCGAAUAUGAUUUUACUAUGAUUUAAUGCAAAUGUGUCGUCGUCUUUUUAAAACUGUUUGUCACAAUGAAACAUUGAUUUAUGCAGUACAGUCAUCUAGGUCAGAACAUUGUCUGGUCAUCUAGGCCAGGGCAUUUUCUGGGGUGACUAUUUUUGUCAGUAUAAAAACUAUGUCCUAUACAUUUAGUGUACAAAUGAAUUUCACCGCUUUUGCCUUAUGUUAAUAGCACUGUUUAAUAUAAUGGGCCAAUGGUUUGUUAUUUUAACAUGCAUCAUUAUGAAAGCUGAAACGUUUAAUACAUGUAGAUUAAAAAACAAAAACAGGUGAUAUACAUGUAUAUAUGUUCCAUCAGGGCAUUUGUAUGUUCUCUGUAGAUACAUUUACAUACCACGCGGUGCUUUUGCAGACUAUGAUGAUCUGUCGAGAGAUAGUUUGGAAGGUUUUUUUCCCUCAUUGAUAGGCAUUAACACCAGAAUUGUAUUUAUAUAUAGAACCCAAAUUCAAAAGAUGUUGCCAAAUACAGAAUAUAAAUAUAAAACUCUUUACUCCAGUGGUUUUAUUAGUUCUGAUUAUGCUUAAUUUGAAAAAAAAUUAUUUUGUUUAGAAAAUUAUUAAUCAGUUUAGAAAAUAAUUUACACACCUUUGACACCCUACUGUGGAGGGAAUUUUGUCUUUAGGCGUUAAUUGUAUUGAUGUUACCAAGUGGUAGAAAGGUGCGAUAACUGUGUAUAUGUAUUGUAUAUAUUCUAUGAAUAUGCUAAGCAUAAUAUGUUUUUUUUAUGUUCUCGCAUUAGAAAAAACGAAUUGUUCUAUAUUUCACAUGUAUUACUUUGGCGUCUAAUUGUUCACCAAAGCAGCUGUAAUUUUUCAUGUAUUUUUAAUGAAGAGAUCUGUGUUCAGAAAUUGAAAUUGAAAUACUGAAAUUUCUCCUCUUUGAUGCGAUUACUAAGGUUGAUGGGGUAACAUCCCUAUUGUUUUUAAAUAUUUUUAUUUCUUGUUGAAUAGUUGCAGAUGAUUUCCAUAACUCCCCAAUCAUAAAAUGAUGAAUGGCGAUAGGACGUGUAUAUGUUGUAUCAUCAUGACUGUGAAUAAAAAUUGAAAAAUCAAAUUCAAUUAUGUGAUCAGUAAAAUAAAUAAAUUGAAGAAAAGACUUAAA